GCUCAGUUUACUGUCAUCCAGGAACCCACAAUAACCGCGUCUCUUGGUGGUAAUGUCAUUUUGUCCUGUGGUCGUAGUGAUGGCUCUGUAGCUGGUAGUAACCAACCAUGCUGGGUAUAUCAGUCACCUGGGAGUGUUCCUAAAGGUUUAACAGGUAGUGAUAAUGUAAAACCCCCAGGAACCUCUGAACGUUUUACUGGAUCCAUCCAAGGAAGCUCAGGCGUUUUGUCUAUCAGUAAUGUACAGGCUGCAGAUGACGGGGAUUAUUACUGUGCUCUAUGGACUGGAAGUGCAUGCACAGUGCUACAAAUUCACACACAGCGAGACACUAAUAUAAACUUCCCCUUUUGUUCCUCAUACAUACUUGUUUAA